GACAUUCCGACUCCGACCGGCGAGGACUCGCCGCCGCUAGAGGAGCCUCGAGAGCCACAGCCACAAGAGGAGGCUCUGGAGGCGGCAGUGGCGGCGGCAGUGGCGGCAGCGCUAGAGGAGGCGGCAGAGGGUGAGCAGAAGCCGGGGGAGGCAGCAGAGGCUGAGAUGGAGGCGGACGACCAGGAUGGCGCCGACGCUGCGGCUGCAGCAUCGGCUGAGUCAGUCAAGAAGGAGGCUCUUGGAGCAAUGGGCGCAUUGUUAGAGGACUUGGACCUCGAUGAUGUCGCAGUCGGCGCUGGAGGCUUCAAUGAUGGUAACGGUGUCAGUGCCAGCCCCGCCGCGAUUGGACGCGCUGGCACUGAAGGCAAGGCGGAUCCCUCGGCGUCGCCACCUCCGCCGCCAGCGCCGCACGAGGAACCUCGCAGAGAUGAUAAGGUGGCGAAGCGCAAGGGGAAUCGCAGGCCUUGCCCAGUGUGCAAUGAGGUAUACGACAAGAUGCCAGCAAACUCGCCGUACUGUCAUGGCCACAAGGAGAUAGUGGAAUUCGCAUGGCAGCAAGCAUGCAACCAAUCUUCAGAAGAAGAGCGCACAAAGGCUAAUAAUUAUUUCAUACACUGCCGGGACAAGGGCCCCGUCAAGUUCACGCAGCUGAUCCUUGAUGUUGAGAAGCAAGCUGGGGAGAGGCGUGGGCGAGGCAUCAAGCGUAAGUGGUUGGAUUGGUCCCAGUGCGCUGAGACGACGGCCGUGAAGAAAGAGGUAGAGGACAACAGCAAGCUGAAGUGGUACGACUACGUCGACUGGACUUACUACCACACGGUCAAGCGGAUGAAGCCCAGAUGUGCGUCUGACCAAGAAUGGCAAGAAGCAGUUGAAACAACUAGGGGGACAGAGUGGCAGAGGGGCACUGGCGAGGCCGUUGAGAUUCUGGUGAAGAAGGGCGAUUACGUUUCCUACAAGCAGGCUUUGUCUCACACCCAACAGUGGGCGACAGGGGACAAGCAGAAGAAGAAUCCAACGGAGGCCGACUACAAGAAAACCAUGGAGAAGAUCAAGACGGGCCACGUCUCCUUCACUGACUCGGUCUUCAAGGGGUUAUCGGGCAGUACCGCUUCGGCAAGCAGUGCGCCUCACGGAGGGAAGAAGAAGGGUGUGAUCCUGGGAUCGCAGCAGUUGAAGGCACAGGGUUCGCUGAAGAAUUCUCUCGACGCCGAACUGGCUCACUGGAACGGCAGCGGUGCGAACCCCGCCGUUCCCAAUCUGGUUGAAGAGGGGAUCAAGGAAUCCAAGGAUAAGAUCGCUGACACGACAGUUCACGGAGAAGUAUGCGAGGGCCACUUGUUCAGUCGGACAGUCCGCCUCGACACGUUGAAGGCCAUCCAUGAUUCCCACCUGCCGGAGAAGAUCAGCACAUUCACUAACAGACACAAGGCGCAGCUCCCCGUCCGUGUGAAUAAGUUGGAAGGUGUGGCAUCAAUCAAAGAGAAGAUAGCAGGCAUCAUGGAAACUGAGGCCAAGGAAGAGUUGAAGGCUGCAGAGUCGGGAAUCCAGCAACUGAUCAACUACAUCUCGCAGGUCCGCUCGGCCGUGAGUGUUGGCAUCAAAGACCUUGGCACAGCUGUGACUCAGUACCGCAAGCGGAUUGACGGAGAACGCAAAAGUGCAGAGGAGAAGAAACAGAGGGUGGCGAGGGAAGAAGGCUGCAAAGGAGGCAGCGAAACGACCGGCACCAGCGCUCGACAGGACGCCCAAGGCAUCUUCGACAUCAGCUGGGAACCAGUCGCUCAGAAGGUUGUGAAGUUCAGCGACAUGACAGACUUCGCGGCCACAGCGGAAUUCGAGAAUCUCCAAGACCCAUACAUCAUCACCAACGCUGACAAGAUCAAAGCGUUUGUCGACCAGGCUGGAAACAUCAAGGCUGGGAUGGCAUCGUUCACUGCAACCUUCGCGGACUCAGCGCAGGCAACGAUUACUGGCCGGGCGUCCUGCCCAUUGAAUGCUUCAUCUGGGACGGUGUCCAGCUUGAAGUCGAUGAUGCGACAGUGCGCCCCGCGUGCGCCAGAGACCCUGGUGGUCGAGGACAAGAUGCCGCCUUUGGGCAUGAGCUUCAGCGGAGCGCUGGGCAAUCAUGGGAGCGCCUACUUCGAGCUCCUUGGACUUGGUUCGAUUCGUUACGGCAUCAGCGGCACCAGGGACCUUGUGAUUUUCAAGUACGACUCGUUGGCCCAUGCCUUUCAAGAUGAGGGUCCAUUCAACGUGUUGAAGCAGCUUUGCCAG